AAAUACGGUUUCAGAUAUUUCUUAUUAGCCGAGUGGAUAGCAGGUUCCUGCUGAAAGUGUGCAUUGUAUCAGUUUAAAAAAUUGUAGGAUACUAUUAGUAGAACAGAAUGUCGUCCCAAAAGGCAGCUGGUUGGACUUUAGUGUCAAUUCUCAUUUGUAAUUUUGUCUUGAUACAUGCCUAUCCACAACACCACCCAUCACAUACCCAAAUACAGUCCCAUCAACAGCAGCCGUCCUAUUACACAAAUCCUCAGCUAAACAGAAAAUUUGCAGAAAAACCUAAUGCCAUCAAGAAAGUAGCCCUAGAUGAUAUUGAUGAUAUUCAAACCAAUCAAAUUCAGGAUGGAGGAUUCUCAUGGUCCAAUAUGUUGGGAAUGCUAAUGCAAAUGGUGUUCAACAAUAAUAACAACAAUGCUCCUACCAAAUCCGAUGAUAUUGAUAAUGGUGGCAGCUUCACCCAGUCGCCUUGGGCGAAUGUGAUUUCAGUUGGACUCAAAAUUAUCACUGCAUUACUUGGCGGAGGGGCUAACGACGGUAUUGACAAGGUGGACAACGGAGGAUCGCCGAUGCAGAAUGUACUCGCAGCUGUGUUCACAGCUAUGUUCGGUGCUAAGGACCCAGAUCAAAUGAACACUAUGGCAAAACAAGCAGGAGAGUUCAUCAACAUCGUUGUCAAUCUUCUUGAUGCCCUGAAGACAUCAUUCUCUCAUCGUUCUAUGUCAGCGAGAAACUUAGGAAAAAAGGAUUCGUUCAGCGAUGCAGCUGUAGCUGGUAUCACCGUGAUUAAAACUUAUGCUAGGUCUUAUCACAACUCGGAAGACAAAUGCUUAUUGAAGUACAUUUGUGAGGCAAACAAUGACUGUAUGAAUUCUAUUGGUGGAUCAAGCAUCUUUUGCCAGGUUGGAAAUUACGCCACAAGCUACAUCCUUGAAAGGCAAUCAUCCAAGUCAUUUGAAACCCUUUAUGAAGCAGGGCGAAACGGGCGAUUAGGUUUGGACUGCCGACAGCUUUAUCUGGAAUGCAACGAAGUUUAGGCCUUCAUCUUAUCAGUACUGUUAAACGAAAUCUCAAUAACUGGCAUAUCUACAAAUUCUACACAUCAUGUGCCUUAAGCAUCAAUCUGGAACUAUCAAAAGUUAAAUUCAGCGUAUUUUACCAACGGUUAGACAUGUAAAUGCUGAUUGCUUGUCAAACUACGUUACCGUCCUGGAUUAAAACUGGCGUUUUCGAAAGGUUAUAACAACAAAUCCUGUGUCCGUAAUGACUACUCACGUGGCAUAAGUUAAGGUGCAUCAAAUAUAAAAAAAGACAACCCAACACGUCGGAAGCAUGUGAUUCCGUCAAAUUAUUGUUUUGUGUUUCAGAAAGCAUUUAUAACAUUUUCUGUCUAUGAAUUAUUAUGCACCAAAGCAAUUAUUUC